UCUGCACGCGUAGCGGUUUGAGCAGACUCGGCGAAAUAUCAGUCAGGUAGUACUAACUUAGUAGUAGUAGAAAUAUAGCUUGUGAAUAAUAAUGGUGAUUACGUGCAUUGUAAAGGGUUGUGAAAACAAGCAGAAAGUUUAUAGCGCCGUCAUGUUUCACAGAAUUCCAAAUAACCACAAACGGCGGAAAGCAUGGCUUGCUGCUUUAAACAUGGAUCCGACGACGACUUCAGAAGUAAUUAUGAAGAAUUGUCGUGUUUGCUCCGAACAUUUUACCCAGGAUGACUAUACCUCAACGGGACUACGCCUAAAAGAUACUGCGAUACCAACGAUCUUCAAAUCACAAACAGAUCAAACUGUAUCAUCACCCGAUGCUCAUGUGGAGUUUUGUGAAUCUUCAGUGUAUGUGAUUGAUGGGAGCUCCUCAGAAAGUCUGGAUUCAGUGAGCACCGAACAAGAUCAACCCUUGAUGGACAAACAUCUCUCUGAAGAGACAGCCGGUCCCACACAGGAAUCAGAGCUCAGUCUUACUUUACUCUGUUAUAGUGAGUCAGACACUGAUCAGGAGGAUGAAUUUUCCGAACAAACAGGCACAGGGUCUCAGGUUAUUGUCUAUAACGGUGAAGAACAACAGGAGAUCCUGCAGACUACAGUGAAGACGUCUUCAGUCAUACUGGAGGACGGCAGGAACCUGAUUGAGAUGAAAACAGAAACCACAGAAGAGGAAGAUGACACUAAUGAUGAUGAACAAGAUGAUGAUGAAGAAGAAGAUGAGCAUUAUGGUGACGAUGAUGAUGAUUUUGUUCCUUUCGAUGAGCCUUUAGAUGACGACGAUGAUCACUGUAUUCCUUCAGAUGAGAUCAAUGAAUCUUCUGAUGAAGAAAAAACGCACAAGUGUCCAUACUGCAAGAAGACAUUUUCUGAUGCAUUGAAGCUUAAGUCACAUGUGCGUUCACACACCAAAGAGAAACCGUUUCAAUGCAGCGUAUGUGGAAAAACCUUUAAGCUUUUAGGUUACUUGAGACAACACGAAAAAACACACGUUGAGGAGAAACCCUUUAAAUGUUCACACUGCGAUAAACGUUUUUGUAAUAAACCCAGUCUAACGCGACAUAACAGAGUUCACACCGGAGAGAAACCCUACCUCUGCCAACACUGCGGGAAGAGCUUCUCCAACUCCAGGGGGUUUACAGAUCAUAUGAGAGUUCACACCGGAGAAAAACCUUAUCAUUGCUCUCUAUGUGGAAAGAAUUUUGCGCGUCCCCAAGCCUUUAAGCUUCAUCAACGAGCUCACACUGGAGUAAAACCUUAUCAGUGUAGUUUUUGUGGAAAGAGUUUCACUCGACAGGACAAUUUGGCGACACAUCAGAGAAUUCAUACGGGAGAAAAACCUUACAAGUGCACUCAGUGUGAUUUGGGAUUUACACAAGCGGUUCUCCUGAGACUCCAUCAGAAAAAACAUCAUGGAGGGAAAUCUUAACAUCUGUAGAGAUAUUCAGUCAUGUAGGACAUUUAAAAGACUCAUCAUGCUGAAGAACAGACUGAAAAUGACAAACAGUUACAAACACUAUUUUACAUUAAAAGAAGACAUUGUAUUUUCUGUACUGUAUUGAAUGUAAUAGCAGAUUUAUUUGCAUUCAAAUAAAAC